GAGUAUAAACAAAUUUAAAUACCAAAGUAAAUAUGGACGAGAUCUUUGACACAUUGUUCAAUCAAUACAAAACCGAUCUCAACAUUCGUUCCAAGAAGGUAUGGAAGUCGCAUACCGCUAAGAGGCCGAAGGACUCACAUCCUGCUGCUCCCCUUCAAGGACCAGUAUCCUUCGUGUAUUGCUCCUUCAACACAACAUCACCUAAAGGACAACAGAGGGACUUCAUGAAGGAGCUAGGACCUCGGCCUAAGACACUUCAAGUGCUUGACGCUUUAAAGUCCAUUCAAAUGCUCGACCUGAGAAAGAAAUUUCACAACAUCCGUUACAACUUCAUGAUUGGCGGAGAUGGUGUAGUUUAUAAGGGAAGAGGGUGGAGGAUCCGUCCAUCUUUGCCUGCAAGACAUAUCAACAACUGGAAUCAAGGCGUUUACUUGGGGUUCAUAGGCUACUUUCAUGUGAAAGUGAACUCUAGAGUGGCGGAUUAUUGGGCUACAGUGUUGGGCCCAAGGCCAAAGACUAUACAAGUGAUAAAGGCCAUGCAGGACCUUCAAGCUAGAGAGUUCAAAAUGCUGAAGCCAGAUAUACGUUACAAGUAA